AUUCAGCGUUUGCCAAGAGGAGGAAAAUCAUCCUUUCAGUUCCAUCACAAAGUGAGAGCGAGGAGUGGGAGGAGCCUGGCGAGUGAGAGAGUGAUGCUCCCACAUGUGCCAACAAGUGAGAGGUAGCUGAGAGGCUGAGAGCGACGGAAAUGGAGAAGAGCCUGUGAGAGCAGGAGACACCCAGAGCCUUGAGAGAAAUCAAAGAGUUUGUAAUAUAGCAUCAAGUGCUUGUUGCCAGCUCCAUCGUUCCUGUUCUCCGUCUCGUCACCAUGCUGUGUCCUGUGCUGCUGUGCGCCGCUCUGCUGCUCCUCACACCCCUGGAGAUCACGGAGGCUCGCGCUCUGCAUCCUUCUCCAGAUGCUGUGCAGUUUAUGGAGCAGUUUCUGGAACGCUAUAAUGAUCUUUUGACCCUGGAUGACCUGGAGAACCUGUUGAACAGCCAGCCAGAGGAGCAGUCCACCUACUCCUCCGGGGUCAAAGCAGCAGAGUUCCCCAAAUGGGCCGACGCGCAGACGCAGCCGGAGACCCCCUGGCUGCGGCUGCUGAAGGGCGCCCUGGCCAAUCAGAAGCGAGCGGAGCCAGACCGCUCACGGAGGGGGUGGAACCGGGGCUGCUUUGGGCUGAAGCUGGACCGGAUCGGGUCCAUGAGCGGACUGGGCUGUUAGUAGAGAGAGAGUUAAAAAAAAAAAAAGAAAAAAAAGACUGAGGACAUCCUUCUGAGAGCAUAAUAAAGAAAAACACCCAAGCAAAGCUUCACCUGCAGUGAAGGCGAUUCACGUGUAGUGUGGUGUAAACUCGCAGUGCUAAUGUGGUUUAGAUCAGAUGCUUCAUACUGUCGUGCUUGUUUAACAGAGCAGCCGUAGUUUAUUCCAUGUGUAAGACUUAAACUGAAUAGUAGAACGCGUGAGCUGUGUUUACAUUGAUUCGUCAUCUUUAAGUGUUUUUACAUAACUCUGCACUUUUCAGCUUGUUCUGCACACGUUACGUUGUGUUGUCUGUAAAGUCAGGUGUGACGGACUUGGAUCCUAAAAUUGCCUGUAGUUCCUGUGGUUUGUUUUGUUACCUAUGAUUUGCAUGAAUAAAUGGAUUUGACAUUU